CAGUCAGUUGGCGAAUGCUCACCAAAGCGGUCGGUCGUGUUUGCGCUUCGGAAAAUAAAAUCCACUUGGCGUCUAACGGUGAUGCAACACAUACAUAGAUGUAUAUGAGCGUGUGUGCGUGCGCUUGCGUGGAAAUCGUGUCAUAACAGUAGUUUGUGUGGGUGAAGUAAACGAAGGCGAAAUUCACACUCCCCCAUCGUGCAACAGCUGUCUGGGUCAUUGGCCGCCAGCGACACGGCACUUGUGGCCAACUAACCCGACUAACUUUACAUAUAUUGAUUUUUGUGAGUGAAGUGAAAUUUUGGCGCCAGUAAAAGUGCAUGGUUUUCGUUUUAAGAAAUUUGGUAGAGCAAAUCGAUACAGCGACGUGCUGUUACGGCGAAUGGAGUUGGAUGCUCGGAAGUGGCAUGUAGCGGGAGCCCGUCCAACGUGCAAUUGUGAUUGACGUAGCGUGACGUGCGUAGUGAAUUUAAGUCCACACUUUGCUGCAGUGAUAUCGCUAUAAUUGUGACUGCAGCUACACAUACAUACGCUAGUGCUUACGCUGAGCUGCGAUAACAUUGCGCUGUUUUCACAAAAUUAAUCAUAAUAAUAUACAUAUAUUAAGCUAUGAAUAUGCAUGCAUUAACUAAUACGCCAUUUGCUUGCCACUUAACGCAUUGCUAACAAUAACAGAAAAUAUAGCGAAAUUACGAGUACGCUAAUAAGUCCGUGCAACAGCUUAGCACACUCAGUAUGUGCUUGUACAUGAGUGUGCCGCGUUGGAUUAGCCUGGAACGUUUCGCCGGUGCGGUCUACGAUAGCGCCUCACAUCUCAUUGAAGUGUCGGUGGUGUUAUUUCUACUCAGCUGUCAUAGCGAUAAAUCGGCCUCAGCUACACGUGGUAAGAGUGUUGAUGCACUGACAGCAACCGCUGCUGUCAGCGCCACUCGUGCUGCUUCUAGUGACUCCACUGAAGCUGUCAUCGUUGGCGGCGAUUCAAGAUUGUCGGUUGUGUUGUGUGCGGGUGAUAUUGCCGACAAGCUGAGGGCAACAAAAGUGUCAGCACCCACAAUUAGCCACACAGUUGUGCUAGAGCAACCGAGAGUGUAGUGUUGGAGAAGCUGUGUGCAGUGCUUAUGAACUUCUUGGCGGAUAUUUUUGUGAACAUUUAAAGUGAAGUUAAACUUAAAGGCAAGCGAAACAACAAAAACGAAGUUUUAUGUCGAGAAUAAAAUUCGGAAGCUCUUAUAGCAAAGAAUAUAGUGUGAAAGUGGUAAAACCAUAGAGAAAUUUGCUCGAGCGCUGUGUGUUAAAAUGCAGUGAAUAUCGGAAGUAUUUUCAAACGCUUGUGAUAUGCUAAAAAUGCAACAAAUGUGAGCAUAUUUUUAUAUUCAAUGAAGCCAAUAUUUAAAAUUCAGAAAAUAAGUCAAAGAAUAUAAUAGUGAUAAAAAGUAUAUGAUAUAUUUUUUUAAAAAGCCAGCAAACAAUAAAAUAUAAUAAUAAAUAAUAAAAAUCUAGUAUAUAAUAAGUGUAACCUGUGUGAUAAAAUUUUCUAAGCUGUUUAUAGGAUUAAUUGGCAGCUGUGAGUUUAUUUACCUUUGCAAAAAUUCUUUCACCGAUCGCUUCGAAAAAGCAAUUCAAAACGAGACUGAAAAAGUGCCACAAAGUUAAACUGCGGCAACAGCACACCUUCCAAAGUCAAGCCAUAAAACAACAACAAAAGCAUUACAAUAAAAAUUGAACGAAUUGUGUCGAAGCUGGAAAACGAAUUUAGUUCGCGAAAAUGUUUCUGGCAAUAAAUCAAAUGAAUGGGCAAGCAGCCAAAAGACGCAAAAAGGAGAACAAAAGGCGCGCGGCGGCUGCAGUUGUUACUAAAGUUGCUGACAACGGGGCAGAGGCUAUACACGGUGGCAAUGUAACAAUGCCGAAAGGUGGAAUACAAGCGGAAGCAGAGAUGAAAGCAGCGGCGACAAUACCAGCAACACAACCGGCACCGCUAUCGUCAGUUGAUGCAACAGCAUCGACCGCUAGCUCAACGUCCAGUUCGACGGCCAAUCUCAUUGACGAUAUGUUGCUCGAUUUUGUAGCCAACAACACGACAAUAACUGCCACAGCUGAGAAAACCAAAAUUGCAACAAAGCUCGCGGCAGAGGAAUUGCAAUCGACGGCGAAAUGUAAAAAAUGCCAACACGCGCUUUUAAAUGUUGAAUGCCGCCAGCUACAUUCGAAGGCCUCCACGCUUUCAACGUCCCACUCUGGCUGCUGCUGUGAAUGCGAUUGUGUGAAUAAAAGUGUAUACAGUUCUGCAAUGGCGACAGCACCUACCUUCACACCCAAGUUUAACCCGCGCACGCCUUCAACGUCAACGCUACAUGCGCCGCCACCCACUUCAUUGUAUGCGGUGUAUAUGUGCCUAGGCACGCUCGCUCUGGCCGUGGCCACUCUGUCGGUGCUCUUCUACUCGCAUCUGCACUCCGUCGGCAGCAAUAAUAGUGCGAGAAUCAAUAGCAAAAUGCCAAUGGCGAUGACGCCGACAGACACGAAUUUAAAUUUGGUUGUGUUCCGCGAGCAAUUUCAACGUGAAUUGCUCGCAUCGGAGCAUGUACUGCGUGGCAUAGUGUCGCAAGUACUGGACCAGCGAGAGGGAAAACAAAAAGAGCAGGCAACAAGAGGACACAAUGUCGCAUACGGUGCAGCUGAGCCGAUCCAUAGCUACCAGCAACGCGCGAUUCGAGCGACGGCAGAAAAAAAGCCAGCAACGAUGUUAGCUGACGAUGGAACGCUGGUGAGAAAUGAGCGCAAAUAUGUUGGACAUGUCAGACACGUUGCAGACACCCUAACAGCCGCGAAUGACGCAGAAACCGUUGCGGUGCAGGGAAGCGCGAGUCGCGUGGCAAGAAGAGUACGUCGUGAUAUUACUUCGGCGCCGGCUUCUAUGCAAUCUGAUCCCUUUAUCGAAUUUUUCAACCCGGAUCACCGCAAAGUGCUGGAAGAGCAGGAUAAGGAAAUACGCAAACGUACAGGACUGAAAGGAGCUGCGCCCGGCGGUGACGAGUGGAUUUACUUAAAUACCUACUGCCGAGUACCGGAAAAAAUCAUAACUGGUUUCUGCAAAGGUACCCAAGACUAUUGUCCGCCUGCGCCUCAAGGUCCUCCGGGUCCAGUCGGUCCCAAAGGUACGACCGGAUCACCAGGGCUGCCCGGAAUUCCUGGACCCAAGGGCAAUCGCGGCGAUGUUGGUCUACCAGGUCCGAGGGGAGUCGAUGGUGCGAAUGGUCCGAUUGGACCACGUGGACCGAAAGGUGAUAUUGGCAUACCCGGUCGUGCCGGUCUCGAUGGACGUGAUGGUGUGCCGGGUGAGCCCGGUUUGGAUGGUGUACCUGGGCGUGCUGGUGCCGACGGCAUACCCGGUAAAGAUGGCUUACCCGGCUUGGAUGGUCGAGAUGGACUAAAUGGCAAGGACGGCAAAGAUGGUGCAGCUGGACCGAAGGGAGCUCAGGGACCUCCAGGAGAGAGAGGAUUGAAAGGUAUUGCUGGGCCCCGCGGUCGACCAGGAAAAUCUGGAAAAGAUGGAACCCCAGGCAUACCAGGAAUUAAUGCAUGGAAAGUGCAGUUAUUAAAUGGCAGUUUCUCUAAUGACUUACUCAUCCCACCAUCAAUUGCGGACUUGAAUGCGCCGCACAUAGAACGCUUCGUAAUCGUUGAGGAGGGCAAGACUUUGAAUCUCAGCUGUGCGGCCAGCGGUAAUCCGAUGCCGCACAUUGAAUGGCGACGCGAUGACGGACGUACAAUUAAUAUUAACGGCGUCGAAAUGUCAUCGGUUAGCGGGCCUUAUUUGAAAUUCACGAACAUCACUCGACAUCAAAUGGCUGCCUACACAUGCUAUGCCGAUAACGGUCUGGUGCCAGUCGCGAAUGCUACCUUCCUCAUUCAGGUUCACUUUUCGCCAAUGAUUGCCGUGUACCGACAAAUGAUUUAUGCUGAGUACGGACAGAGUGCAACGCUCGAAUGCAUGGUAGAAGCGUUCCCUGAGGCAAUCAAGUAUUGGGAGCGUGCUUACGAUGGAAAAACUCUGGAUCCGGGCGAUAAAUACCAGAUCGAAACAUACACUGACAGCUUUAAGACAACGAUGCGUUUGACCAUCACGAAUUUGCGGAAAGACGACUUCGGCUACUACUACUGUGUGGCGCGUAAUGAAAUGAAUGCAACUAUGGUCAACUUUGAAAUUGCGCCGCAAGAUCCCAACAGCGAGAUACCAUAUGUAGGAAAGGAAAUUAAAUUCUACGGCCAGCGGCCACCGGAAAGUGAAUGUCCCAUGUGUGAGCAAUGUCCAGAUCCAAGCCUGUACCAGUGUAAGGAUUCUAUAAAUUCGAAUUUCGAAAUUCAAGCCACCGGAAAUUAUAGCUACCCUGGCCUGCCUAAGAGGCAAAAGAGUUGGUUGUUGUACGCAGUUGGUAAACCAGUGUUCCAUAAGUCAGUUAAUGAGAUGUACGGUUGCUGGUUAAAAGAUCCAGUUAGUUCAGCGGACAUUGACCAUGAAAAAACCUACGUCACCGAAGAGAAUGACACACAUAACUUGUAUGAAUAUCCCACGAAGUUGAAGUACCGCAUGAAUUUGUCGCCACGUCGGAAGUACAACAUUCCAGAGGGUUUUCAAGGCAAUGCGCAUGUCGUCUAUAACGGGUCGUUCUACUACAAUCAAUUCAAUACCGAUCUGGUCGUUAAAUUGGACUUGGCAACAAUGAAGAAAAUAAUAACACCGUUGCCAUAUGCCGGCACUGCUGUUGGCAAUCGACUUUAUUCCACUGACCACAAUUACAUGGACUUCAACGUGGAUGAGGUUGGUCUGUGGGUGAUCUACAGCACUUACGACUCCAACAAUACGCUGGUGGCCAAGCUCGACGCUGACACCCUGAAGAUGCAGUAUAAUUUCAACAUCACUCUGGAUCAUCGCAAAUUCGGUGAAAUGUUCAUCGUCUGUGGCCAUUUGUAUGCAAUCGACUCGUGUACGGAAACAAAUUCGCAUAUACGCUAUGUCGUCGAUUUGUAUAAUGGAAAAUUGCUAAAUGUCGACCUGCCGUUCUCGAAUCCGUUCCGCAAGACAACCACUGUGGGAUAUAAUCCACUCACUGUGGAAUUGUACUCCUGGGACAAAGGAAACGCACUCACAUAUCCCAUUCGUUAUCGCGAGCCUAGUCUCAUCAGUGACCGUACAUAAAUAACGGAAUGAGUGACAUUCCAUUCAACGGCGUGAACAUGUAAAAAUACAAUCCAACGGAAUAAUAAAUUAUAGUAACACUCGUAUAUAUAUAUAAAUAUCUAUAUGUAUAUAUAUACUUAAGCGGCGCAACUGACGGCUCCAAGGGAUUUAAAAUUGCCGCAUUAAUUAUUAAGCAUUAAAAUGUGUAAUUUGUAGGAGAUAAAUAAAUAAAGAGCACUAGAGUAUUUGUUUUGUAUAACUAAAACUAAUUGUAAGUUCUAAAAUAUGCAACAGUAGCGACUAAUUCCUAAAUGGAGCGGGAUUAAUUAUUUAACAUUCAUGAUGAUUUAACUGUGCAAAGUUUAUAUGGAAAAGCUAGGAAUGUGGAAUUAGUAAAUUGAUUAAAUAGCGAACGAGUAAAAUAGAAAAAUUAGCAUUAAUAAUUAAUAAGUAAAUAAUAUUAAACUAAAAGUAAGUACAUAUAUUGAGAUACAUACAUAUGUACAUCUAUGUACACAUUGUGUGUGUGUGCUAAAUCUGUAUUUUUGUGUAAUAAAUCAUUAGUGAAGGCAACCACAAAGAAUUUAUAAUAAAUUGUAUAAAACGCAUUUGAAAAA